AUGAGUUCUGGGAAAACUCCUCAGAUAAAACCAAGUGGUAGACCAGAAAUAUACCAAUGUGCCCACUGUAAAUAUGUUACAACUAGACGAAAAUGGUUAAUCAGGCAUUUGAGUAUACAUAGUGAUGCGAAACCAUACAAGUGUGAUCAGUGUAGUUAUGCAGGCAGUCGAAAAGAAUACUUGCAAGUCCAUGUAAAGAAACACACUGUUGACAAGCCUUACAAAUGUGACCAGUGCAGUUAUGCUAGCAGCCAUAAAUAUUCUUUGAAAGUUCAUCUAAAAAAUCACACUUGCGACAAGCCUUACAAAUGUGACCAGUGUAGUUAUGCUUGUGACCAAAAAGGAGAUCUGAAAGUUCAUGUAAGAAUACACACUGGCGAAAAGCCUUACAAAUGUGACCAGUGUAGUUAUGCUAGUAGUCGUAAAUGUACUUUAAAGGUCCAUCUAAGAAAUCACACUGGCGACAAGCCUUACAAAUGUGACCAGUGUAGUUAUACUAGCAUUUAUAAAGGUAAUUUGAAGGUUCAUCUUAGUAAUCACACUGGUGACAAGCCUUACAAAUGCGACCACUGUAGUUAUGCUAGCACCAAAAAAAGUGUUUUGGAAGUUCAUGUAAGAAAACACACUGGCGACAAGCCUUACAAAUGUGACCAGUGUAGUUAUGCAGCCAUUCGAAAAGAUUACUUGCAAGCCCAUGUGAAGAAUCACACUGGCGACAAGCCUUACAAAUGCGACCACUGUAGUUAUGCUAGCACCAAAAAAAGUGUUUUGGAAGUUCAUGUAAGAAUACACACUGGCGAAAAGCCUUACAAAUGUGACCAGUGUAGUUAUGCUAGCAGUUGUAAAUCUCAUUUGAAGGUUCAUCUAAGAAAUCACACUGGCGACAAGCCUUACAAAUGUGACCGGUGUAGUUAUGCUAGCAGUCAAGAAAGUCAUUUGAAGGUUCAUCGAAGAAAUCACACUGGCGACAAGCCUUACAAAUGUGACCAGUGUAGUUAUGCUAGCAGUCAAGAAAGUAAUUUGAAGGUUCAUCUAAGAAAUCACACUGGCGACAAGCCUUACAAAUGUGACCAGUGUAGUUAUGCUAGCAUUUAUAAAGUUAAUUUGAAGAUUCAUCUUAGUAAUCACACUGGCGAAAAGCCUUACAAAUGUGACCAGUGUAGUUAUGCUAGCAGUCGUAAAAGUACUUUAAAGGUUCAUCUAAGAAAUCACACUGGCGACAUGCCUUACAAAUGUGACGAGUGUAGUUAUGCUAGCAGUCAUAAAAGUACUUUAAAGGUUCAUCUAAGAAAUCACACUGGCGAAAAGCCUUACAAAUGUGACCAGUGUAGUUAUGCUAGCAAUUGUUUAAGUACUUUAAAGGUUCAUCUAAGAAAUCACACUGGCGACAAGCCUUACAAAUGUGACCAGUGUAGUUUUGCUAGCAUUUAUAAAGGUAAUUUGAAGAUUCAUCUGAGUAAUCACACUGGUGGCAAGCCUUACAAAUGUGACCAGAGUAGUUAUGCUAGCAGCCAUAAAUAUUCUUUGAAAGUUCAUCUAAAAAAUCACACUGGCGACAAGCCUUACAAAUGUGAUCAGUGUAGUUAUGCUAGCAGUCGUAAAAGUAAUUUAAAGGUUCAUCUAAGAAAUCACACUGGCGACAUGCCUUACAAAUGUGACCAGUGUAGUUAUGCUUGUGCCCAAAAAGGAGGUCUGAAAGUUCAUGUAAGAAGACACACUGGCGAAAAGCCUUACAAAUGUGACCAGUGUAGUUAUGCUAGCAGUCAUAAAAGUAGUUUAAAGGUUCAUCUAAGAAAUCACACUGGCGACAUGCCUUACAAAUGUGACCAGUGUAGUUAUGCUUGUGCCCAAAAAGGAGAUCUGAAAGUUCAUGUAAGAAGACACACUGGCGAAAAGCCUUACAAAUGUGACCAGUGUAGUUAUGCUAGCAGUCAUAAAAGUAGUUUAAAGGUUCAUCUAAGAAAUCACACUGGCGACAAACCUUACAAAUGUGACCAGUGUAGUUAUGCUAGCAGUCAUAAAGGUACUUUAAAGGCUCAUCUAAGAAGUCACACUGGUGACAAAUCUUACAAAUGUGACCAGUGUAGUUAUGCUAGCAGUCGUAAAAGUAAUUUAAAGGUUCAUCUAAGAAAUCACACUGACGACAAGCCUUACAAAUGUGACCAGUGUAGUUAUGCUAGCAGUCGUUUAAGUACGUUAAAGGUUCAUCUAAGAAAUCACACUGGCGACAUACCUUACUAAUGUGACCAGUGUAGUUAUGCUAGCAUUUAUAAAGGCAUUUAUAAGGGUAUUCAAAUCACUGCUUAAACUGCAACAUCAGUACCUUUGCAGAUGACACUAAAUUAUUUGCCAACCCAUUGCUUGACUAUGACUUGCUACAAGACGACCUGAACAAAGUAUGGAACUGGUCUAAAGAAUGGCUCAUAAACCUGAAUUCUACAAAAUGUACUGUUCUGCACAUAGGUAAAAACAACCCUCAUUACACAUAUAAUUUGGACAACACUCCCUUAAAAGCUGUCAAGGUACAAAUCGAUCUGGGCGUCAAAAUCAGUGAGGACCUGAAAUGGAAAGAACAUAUAACUGCAAUAGUUAAGAAAGCAAAGAACCUUAUCUACCUCAUAAGAAAAGCUUUUGGGAAUCUGACGCCGGAUAUGAUGAUCAAAAUUCACAAAACCUAUGUUAGACCUAUAUUGGAGUACGCAUUUCAAGUAGGGAGCCCUUAUUUUAUCAAGGAUAUUGAGAUGUUGGAGAAAGUUCAACGUAGUUUCACCAAGAUACCAAAGAAACUCUAAAACAUGUCCUAUGAAGAAAGACUACACUUCUUAAAGCUCACAACCUUGAAGGAGCGCAGAGAACGCGGAGAUCUGAUUGAGACAUACAAAAUACUAACCCAACACUAUGACCUUAAAGAUUUCCAUAAGAUGCUAGAACGCAAUAGUAACAACCGUCCGGAGGUCAUCAGUAUAAGCUGGUGUCUCACAGGUCCUACAAUAAUCCUCUUAGACACUUCUUUAGCAACAGAGUGGUCAACGCUUGGAACAAACUCCCAGAGGAUGUAGUAGCGUCCCAAAGUGUCAAUGAGUUUAAGAAUAAAUUAGAUAAGUACAAAGCAAAUUCUACUCAACACUGAGAACUCGGUUUAUGACUCUGGAUACAAGCAUUAUCAGUUAUUUAAACUGCCUGCCUGCAUUACAAAUAGUAAUAAUAAUUUACUUUAGUACUUUAAAUCACACUGGUGACAAGCCUUACAAAUGCGACCAGUGUAGUUAUGCUAGUGCCCAAAAAGAAAAAUUUAAUGUACAUGUAAGAAAACACACUGGCGACAAGUCUUACAAAUGUUACCAGCGUAGAUAUGCUAGCACAAGUAAAGAUACUUUGAAGGUUCAUGUAAGAAAACACACUGGCGACAAGUCUUACAAAUGUGGCCACUGUAGCUAUAUGCUAGUGCCUACAAAGAUGCUGACCAAAAACAUGAAAUGAUACACGAUGGUGAAAAACCUCACAAAUGUGACCAGUGUUAUUAUGCUACUAUUUAUAAAAUUUACAAUUCCAUAAAUGCGAAUACUCUGAUGAGAUAUUUUACAAGAGACGCGCAGAUAUCGAAAGGCAGCACAAAGGAGCAGGCAGCCCUCGCUCGUUGUGCACGACCAGCGACCACACCAGGGGGCCUAUACUGAUCCUUUCGGGCGUUCUCGGCUCCGUUCGGCUCAGCAUUACUCCGAGCAAUUAUUAGGGUUGGCACUACUUGACGUCCCUUUGCAUGUACGACCACAGAUAAAUAAUGACUUAGAUAAAGAUAAAAGAUAUUUAUUCGUGACGAUCACAACACAAGUACGAACAUGUACAGACAACAACAGCAAGAAAAGAAGAGAUCAUCAAGUGUGCAUCACGAAAUGGACCCAACUCAGCAUAAUGCUAGCUAUAAAGCCAGCGCUGGUCUUCCGUAGGGCCCAUUUGGUGAUGCCACGACAGAUAACACACAAAGAUACAUAUUAAAACAUUACAAAAAUACACACAAAGAAUAAUUACAUUAUUGACCAAACCAAAAAAAAUACAUUAAGAGCACAAACAAAAAUAAAACUUGAUUUUUGACAACCCUAAAUAGCCGAAAGGGAUAGUGCCAUACAUUAGAAAGGGGCAAUAUGAUUCGUCCCUGCAUCGCUGUCAAUCUUCAGUUUUGUGGGAACGGUAAUUUAUAUAUAACACUUUAAACUCUCGCGUUUUGAACACAUAUUCCCCCUUCCUUCCUUGCGCCUUCUGGAAUCAUUGGGACAAUGUACAUAUGGGAUCCAGAGGCUUAGUUUAUAAGUUAUUAUAAGUUAGUAUAGGCUUAAAGGAAUGUACACUAACACUAUGGACGUGGUCUAAAAUAAAAUAUAUUGAUUGAUAUUUAUAAUACCGCGAUUUAAUUUCAUUGUGUUUACCUUACAUUCCGACGUUUCAGCUGUUGCACCAGCUGUGGUCACGGAAAGACUGACGUCCCAGCAAAAUGUCAACAGAGAUCUAAAUAAUUUAAAGAUUACAAUUAACCUGAUAAAUUUGUACUAUAAUCAUAUGUUGUGAAAUAAAUUACAUAACCAAAUUUAAAGAUUAUGAUGUAAAUCUCAGAAACAACUGUAAAACUGUUAGAUUUAACCUUUUGGACGCCAAUGACAGAUAUAUCGGCACCGCAGGUCCAACGCCAAAGACCGAUUAAUCCGUCACAGACCACAGAGCAACAUGGACCUACGCGCAUGUGAAUAAAGUUCAAUUUCAAUUUUGGCACUUCGGUGACGUGGCGUCCGAGUGACAGCUUUUGUGUUUGACACGGCGUCGAAGAGGUUUAGGUCUAUGUUGCUCUGUGGUCUAUGACCACAAUCUAUAUCAAUAUGUGGUCUAUGAAUCGGUCUUUGGCGUUGAACCUACGGUGCGUAUAUAUCGGUCAUUGGCUUCCAAAAGGUUAAGUAAACGGGCCAAACACAUUUUAAAAAAGGUCACUUCUGUGUGUUCUGUGUGUGGACAAUACAAUAAAAGUUAACGACUUUAUACAUAAUACCUAAAUGUCCCGUUUUUUUUUUACUUGAGUCUCAAGAAGUGGAAAAAUGUAUCCCGCCGGGUGCAGUAUAAAAAUUAGCUUUAGAUUCCCUUAAUUUUGCGAUGUCUACAGGAAAGACGCAAAUGCGGUAACCAUACUAUAAAAUGUGUAUGACCCAAAUAGGUUAAGUUAUUAGCAUAAAAAAAGAGCGUACCUCUCGCCAUCAAACCUCACAGUUUGGCGAGUUUUAUGUAAUUUAUAAAAUGUAUUUUACUUUAUCAUGAAUUAAUGAAAUUGUAAAGAUGUGUCCCGCCGAGUUUGUUGCCGGUGCCAUAUUGGGAUACCCUCCUCCAAUUGGGCGGGGGAGAUUUAAAUCUUCUCGAGGCAGAGGUGCAGGGUUAGAGCCGUCGUGGUUCUAUUUGAUGUUCAUAAGCGCAUUGUAAUAUGGGGCAUUUUCUAUGAAAAGGGACCUUAUUGUCGAUGGCGCUUACGCCACACGGCGUCGCGCGGCAUUGUAUUUAUAUCGGAGCAUCGUUUAUAAUGGCGUAAGCGCCAUCGGCAAUAAGGUCCCUUUUUAUAGGAAAUACCACAUAUGCCGAAUAAUAAAAUCUUUAUCUUGGGAUUUUUUUAGAUGUAGGCAAAUAUUAAAAAUAACAACUAAAUUCAUAAGGUGUUAAACUGUUUUUGUAUUUAUUUCGAGAAUGUGUGUGAACAUAAAUUAAAAAUGGAAAAAAAAAAACCACCAUAUAUAUGAGCCUUAGGGGGUCCACGUUUAAGACAUUUCUGCUUGAUACAAAAUUAAUGUGUGUGGAGAUAUAGAUUCAUAAUAUGAUUAAUAUGUUUAACUUGUUUUAUAAUUCAUAAGAGAACUUGUGUAGAGAUAAUAAUAAUGUCCUCCUCGCCGUGUCCGACGACGGCGACUCCAACCGUUUUUAAUGGGAAGCAUGGAACGCUCUAAUGUGGCUUGCGAAGCCAAACUUGGAUUUGAAGAUGCGAUUGCAUGGUACGCAAUGGAGCUGGCCGGCUGAAUUGUAGGUGUAGGUGUACGAAGGCUUCGGGCGCGUCUUACGGAGAUGGCGCUUAGCAUACAAGUCUUCUAAGCCGCGCUUAAGUAUAAGUAGCCGCGAUAAGUAAGCUAGAAUAAACACAUGUUACAUUUGUUUAUAGGUACUUACUUAAAUACUUAAUUAAACUCUUAUGUUUGUUUCUUGUUUCCCCUUCGAGACCCUAGUGCAAAUUUUUCACUCUUUGGCUAUAAAACGAUAAUUGUACAGAACGAUUUUCGUAGAAAGCAUAAAAGUUCAGCUAUACUGUUUUUUUUUUUUUUAUAAUUUAAACGUUUGCCGAUGAUUACUGAUCAUUUGAAUGAAAUAAAAUUCAA